GAAAGAGAGGAAGAUGAAGUUUCGUCCCGCCGAGAGAAGGUAGUGAAGUUGAGAGUGAUUGCACCAUUCAAUAUUCAUCAGUUACGAGCUUCAGUUUUCAACUGAUUGGUGCAGCAGGGAGUCAUGGAUGCUAAUUCGUCUUCGUUUAAGAUAAUUUUGGGAUCGUCUUCAGUGGCUCGUAGGAAAAUAUUAUCUGAGAUGGGUUAUGAAUUCACCAUUAUGUCUGCAGAUAUUGAUGAGAAAGCAAUACGCAAAGAAAGGCCGGAAGAGUUGGUUGUGGCUCUUGCUGAAGCAAAGGCUGAUGCCAUCAUAUCCAAUUUACAAAAAAUUCAUACACAUGAAAAGGAAGCAGAACCAACAAUUUUGAUUGCUGCUGACACAGCAGAAGCCAUCUUAGGAAGACUCUCCAUUGAUGAUUUUAUGAAGGAUGCAGAGCCAACACUAUUGAUUACUUCUGAUCAAGUGGUGAUCUAUGAAGGUGUCAUCAGAGAAAAACCAGCCAGCAAGGAGGAAGCACGACAAUUUAUGAAAGAUUUUUCAGGAGGGCAUGCAGCCACACUUGGAUCUGUAUUUGUCACAAACCUCAAAACAGGAUUUAGGAAAGGGGAAUGGGAUCGAGUAGAGAUCUUUUUCGAUGAAAUACCCGAUGAAGUCAUCGACAAGCUGGUCGAGGAGGGGAGUGUGCUCAAUGUCGCUGGAGGGCUGAUUAUCGAGCAUCCUUUGAUUUUACCCCAUGUGAAAGAAGUGGUCAGCUUCCUUUCUUCUUUUCUAUUGACAAUGAUCUCAAGCUUUUAUUCAUACAUGGAAUCCAUCAUUUUGGAAAGAAGCAUCCAGCUGGUGAUAUGGCUCCCCUGCUUGCAUUCAUAUACUUGGAUCAUUGGUUGUGUUCCAUCUGAACCUUGAAUAAAAUAUUCCUAUAAUCCUCCUAGUGGUUUGAAUUCCAUAAAUAUGAAGUGUAUGUAGCAUGCAUGUACGUGCAUGAUAAUGAGUUCAUAUGACAUGAAUAUAUACACUCGUAGAUAUCGUGAGAUUACAUCAUAUUGAUAUGAUAGUUAAAAUGGUAUCUAGAAAAGGUUGCUCACUCUUAAUGCUUAUUGUGAAGGAGGGAAAAAAGAAAAGACAGCUAUACCGGUUAAUUUCGUGGUAUAAUUUUAAUUUUAGUUUUAGUUAUUAUUAUUUUUUUUCCCAAAA